AUGGCACCUCACGAGAACGUCUUCUACGCGGAGAAGCAUUCCAACGAUUCUUUGCAUAAUCCGCAAAGGAAAGGAACCGACCAUACUUCGAAGGAAAUUCAAAUCGCCGCGCGAUUACUCGGUCGCACCUCAGUCAUUAGCGAUGAGAAAACAAGAAAGAAAAUGGAAAGAGAAAACGCUAUAGAAAAAAGGAAGGAGAAGUUACUUCAAAAUGCGAAACCGUUAGGGGAUGGUUUUAUUCUCGUCGGGAGCGGAGACUCUAUCAGACGGAUAAACGUGAACGAGGCGAUGAUUAAGAAAGAAAACAUGAAAGAUGAAUAUGGUCGCCAGAAACGAAAGUUUGAUUCAGACAGCAGAUGGAAGACGGAAGAAAGAAUAAAGAACGGAGGAACAGCGGGUCAGAACGAACUCGUCGUCGCUCGAAACGCAGCUUCAGAACUGGAGGAGAAGAAGAAGAUGAAGAAGAAAGACCAGGGUCGACGCAGAGAAGAAAGUCUUCCCGUGCUAGUGCCACCAUCCGAGCUGAUUUUUGGAUCCGAUGGUUUCGUGAAAGAGAGCACGGACGACGACGAGGACGACGAGGAGGAGGCGAUGAAGAUGAUAGCUAUCGAGCGACGGAGAGCGAGAAGUGAAAAGUCAAAGUUAGACGUGAAAAGUACUGCGAGGAAAGCAAAAAACAUUCGCAAGUUUAUUGGUCUUUAA